GUGAAUUAGUUAUUGAAAACUUUCCUAAUUUACAAAAAAUAAAUGUUAGUUCUUUUCGGCAAGAAGAGUUAGAUGUUGAUGAAGUUAGUAGACAACAAUUACAAAAGGUUAAUUCAGAAGAAACCAAUCAAUUACCUAAAGCAAAAACAGGAGUGCUGGAUUGUUCAGAGUAUAAAGACUUACGAUAUAUAUUUAUCUCUAACUCAGUUGAUAGUAGUAAAUUGGAGAUAAAAGGAGGGUCUUAUUAUUAUGGAGAAGAAAAAACCAAAAUAAUCCCUUGUCAAUCUGCUCAAACUUAUCUUCAACAAAACUACCCCCCAAAUGGAACUUGUCAAAGAAAGAAUGAGAGUUAUGAUAAUUUAAAUACUACUGACAAUAUUGACAACUUUGGCAAAACCCGAGCCGAAAUAACAAAGUUAGAUAUAAAGGAAAAAGGCUUAGAAGGAAACUGCGACUUAACUGAUUUUAAGAAUUUAGAGAGAUUAUAUUGCUCUACUAAUUGCCUCACUAAUCUCAAUUUAACUAAUUGUCAGCAAUUAAAGAAAAUUGAAUGCUAUGAUAACCAACUUACUACUCUUGAUUUAAGUAAUUGCCAACAGUUAGAGAAACUUUGA